CACAACGUGGUUCGAGCAUAGUUUUCGAAUACGAAGCACUGCUGUACCAAAGCAGUGAACGCGCGAAACAGACGGGCUAAUGCGGUCGCCGGUUAGGCGCGUGCGUCGGAGCAGCAGCCGCGGCCAUGCGGGAUGGACUUACGCUAGCGAUGGCAAAGGCCAAGUGCUCUGGUACUGUCCUCCUUAUGGCGGUAAGAACGACAGAUGCGGGAGUAAGCCCCAGCUCAUCAGGUAUUGGGCGCAAAGUGGCAGCAAACCUCCCAAGGACGAUCAGUUCACCUUCAGGACGGCUGAUGCCCCCCUCCACUGGAAGAAGAUCGAGGUCAACAGCGACGGAGAAGAGGAGGACGAGCAAGAAGGCCAACAGAGGAGCAGUUGUGGUGCCAGCGUUGGUAGCGGAGGGGAUGAGAACUGCCGUGUCGAAGGAACCGGCGGAUCCAUCAGCUCGGUCGAAGGACUGAGUGGCUCAUCGCCCGUCGGCAAAGAUCCAGGGACCCGGCAUACGGGAAUUCCAAGGGCAGGGGGGGGGGUCCCCGACGAGGACGUCUACUCCCCUUGGCCAGGCGCUGUCGCUGAGGAAGAAAUGGAGGGUAAGGUUGUCAGCAAAGAGGAAGAGGACGAUAGUGAUCAAGAUUCCAGCGAGGAAGAAGAGGAUGAUGAUGAUGGUGUCGAGCCCCUGCCGGUUGGCGACACGCAGGAAGACCAGCCUUCGGCCGCGCCGCGGGACGACGGCGGGGCGGGGCCCACCGUCCUGCUCGACGAGGACCGGGCUGAGCAGGAAAGCGACGGCGGCGGUAGUGGUGAUGAUGCCGGUGAGGUUGACCGCGGCACCGAAUACGUCGGGGAGUGGAUGGUUCAGUCAACAUCGAACGACGACACGACCGGCACCGAAGAGACGGCGAGAAGGCGGGCGGACGAGGGGGAAGAGGAGGGAGGAGGGGGGAGUGAGAGCACCGGAGAUCAUGGGAGCGGGGCCGAGAAAUCGCUACGGCUAGGUCCGUCGGGGCGGGCGGCGGCGGCCGCCGCGGAUCCUGAGAGCGAGGAGGGAGAGGUUGGAGACCUGAACGAAGAAAUGUGCGAGUUCGGCGUUGGGGAUUACCAAGAGCAUGCGGCAGGGGAUUCAUGCGAAAACGAGAUAGGAGAGGAGGAGGAGGAGGAGGCGGAGGAGGGAAAGCGUCGGGUGUUCUCGCCGCCGAAGCCUCGGGUGACGCGAGGGCGUUCGAAUGGCACGGCGAACUUGACGCUGCCCGCCGGGGUGCACGCCUGGAGCUUUCUUGUCGAGGAGAAGGGCUGGACACAACCUCCCCACGGGCAAGGCUUUAGGCUGAGCCCGCCCGGCGAGGAGACGAAGCCCAAAAGGGAGAGUGAGUACCUGGCCGCCCACCCAACGCUGUUGGCCGAGUACCACGAGUGGGCCUCCUCGAAGGAGGGAAAGAGCGCAGAGAGUGGGGAGGAGGAGGAGGAAGCAGGAGGCGAGGAGGAGGAGGAGGAAGGAGGAGGCGAGGAGGAGGAGGAAGAGAAAGAGGAAGAGGGAGGCGAGGAGGAGGAAGAGCAGGGGGAGGAGGAGGAGGAGGUGGAGGAGGAGGUGGANAGGAGGAGGACGAAGAGGAGGAGGACGAAGAGGAGGAGGAGGACGAAGAGGAAGAGGUGGAGGAAGAGGAGGAGGAGGAGGAGGAAGAGGAGAAAGGGCGGAACGGGCAGGGUAGAGAAUCCCCCAGAGGGCCGGAACGCUCGCAUGCUCUCCUGGACAUGGCUCCACGUCGUGCUCAUGCCCCCAACGCCACCUAUGUUUCCCCCUGCCGCUCCGCGCCCGCAGCUUCCGCAGUACGUGGUCGACCGCCCAGAACUGUUGGCGGAGUACAAUGAGUACUUGGCGGGCAAGGAGGCAGGCGACAGUUGCUCGCCGGUUGCGAGGAAACCUCGCGAAGGAGAACAGCGGGACGAUGGAGACGAAGACGAGGAGGAGGAGGACAAGAACGAGGAGGACGACGACGAGGACGAGGACGAGGACGAGGACGAGGACGAGGAGGAGGGGGAAGGGGGGGAGGAGGGGGGGGAGGAGGGGGCGGGUACACCCGCAAGUCUAGGGCAUGCCGGCGGAGCGGGGGUGACAUCUUGCAAGCCGGCGCGUACGACGAGAGGCCAGUUGAAGGGUGCAGCGGGCUUGCAAAUACUCGACCAGCAAAGCUUGACCAAUUUCUUAAGGGAAAUUAUGGGCUGGGAGUACGCACCAUCAAGCUGGGACACCAUGAUCAAGCCAGACGAAGGAAAGCGCAUGGGUGCGUUGGAGAUGAACGUAGUCGCCGCAGAGGGGGCGUUCAUGUGUUUCCACGCUUGGCCUCUCAGGGCGAAGGCCGCCGCCGCCGCCGCCGCCGCCGCCGCCGCCGCGCAACCUGCGGCCGCGGCGGUGAGAAGGCAAUCCGCGCCGCUUUCCAAGCCAGAGGAGCGACCGGCGGCCGCGGUGGUGAGGAGACGGCAAUCGGCACCGCCGGUGCCCGAGCGAUCGACGGCAGGAGGGGCGAGGACAACCCGGAGCAAGUCGGCACCGCCCGAUCCGGACAUGCUGAGCGACAUUGAAGCGUACAGGUUCCUCCGGGAGUUGGGCUGGGGGUACCAGGGUUACGGGCACUUGGUCGACCCCGAGGAGGGAGCUAAACCGGUGGAGAAGGAAAAGCUAGCCGAGCAUAUCCUCGCCCACACGGCCCUGAAGCGUCAGUCCAAGCAGUGGAAAGCAGGGCUCGCCAACGAGGCAAACAGGUACAGGAAGGAGAGAGAGGCCGCGGAGAGAGAGCUGGCACGCGAGCGGAAGCGGCGGGCGGUGGCCAAACGUGCUGAAGCUCGGCUCAAGAAGGCCGCCGAUGCCAGAGAGCGGCGGGAGAAGGAGAAGGCGAAGAAGCUCCUUCUUAAGAAGAGGAAGCUGAGCGGCGGCGGUCGUGGUGCUGGUGGUGGUGGUACCAAGGGCGGGGGGAAGAAGGGAGCGACGAAGGCUGGGCCGAGGAAGAAGAGCGCGGCGCCCUCGGAUAAGUCUAAGUCUCAUCCUGCAUCCCAACACGAGGAGGAGGAGGAG